UUUGAUAUUCAAAUACAUUGCAAUAAGUUUACAGUUGUUUUACAAUUAAAUGUCUUAUAAAUCGUUGAUUAGCUAUAGUGUUGUGUUAGUAGUAGUUAUUGUUGUUGUGUUGACCAUUGAAUCGGAAGCCGUGACCAAAGAUUUUUGUAUUGAAUUUGUGAAAAAUGACCGCAAAAUUGAUUUCUCGUUGCGUUUAUAUCAUGACGAAGACUAUCGAAAGAUAUUCUUUAUCGGCGACACAUUUUGGACACUUAAAUACUACGAUAGCGUCGACAACAAGACAGUAACCAUCGACAGCAACAGUACCGGUGCUUCCGACUGGUUGUCCGGUCAGAAGUACUCUAUGGUCUGGUGUGUCUGGUUUAAUGGUACGGAAAAACCUAUUAUUGUUGGUGUAAACUAUGAUCACUGUCGUGUCGGUGCACUGCGGAAAGACUUGAAAACCAUAGACUGGGCGGUCAUUUCUGUUGAUACAUUGAAUGUUAAACACGCGGACAACGACUCGACAACCAUUGAUAUUAGCAAUGAAUUUAAACCAACAUUUGCCUGGACUUCAAUACCAUUUCAAAGGGAGCGCCGUUAUGUCACCUUUUGGUACAAAGUUGCGACUAAAACAUAUAAUUUUGAUAACCCGUACCAACCGUUUAUAGAUAUCACUGAAAUUAAUAAAAUUCAAGAUUGGAUUAUCAGAGGACUAAUCGAACUGAAGAUCAAUAAGGAGAUGGAAAUAAUGACAAUUAUUGGUCAGUAUAGUCAAAAUGAUAACAGCAAUGGUGGUUCAGCUGAUGGCCAGGGAUCUAUUGUCUUUAUGAAUGUCGACAAUAGUAUCAAAUAUUGUUAUGUCGGACGUCCAUUCAAUGGAAUGGCCUGUAAACCAGAAAAUCUAAAGACACUCAUCGACUGUUCCCAUAUAAUAACAACCAUACCUAUAACAUCUAUAACAGCCAUACCUACAACACCUACAGCAGCCGUAUCUACAAUACCCAUACAUACAACAACCAGCACUCAAACUAAUGGCCCAAUUAAUUGGUUUAAAUGGUUGAAAACUACAUUAUAUAUUGUGGUUAAUAUAAUCCUAUUGAUACUCAACUGUUUGAUGAUAUACUUGAUAUACAGGCAAUGGUUAAAACGAUGA